GGCCACGCCACGCAAGGCAAUUGCAGUCCAGCCAGAGUUAAUUCCGCCAUAGCGGUGUGUACCAUAUUAUCCGGGUUGUUUGUAACAAAACGUCUGACGCGACGCCUUACCGACGCUCGGCGUCAUUUUCUAUUAAUGCGCUAACGGUUUAAACUACCGGGAGAUUACUGAACGUGACAAAUAUUUAUUAUUAUCAUGGAAAAUAGAACGACCACGACACUCCGUUCCAGGCGAGUUUGCCGAUUUUGCCUGUGCGAGAAUGAACCUCUGCACUUCAUCUACGAGCGAGAUCCAACCAGGCCCUUUCAAGUGCCGCUAUCUCUCCAGAUAAUGUCUUGUGUUUCCAUUGAGGUGUACGCUGCUGACGGAAUGCCUCAAAUGAUUUGCAAAAUGUGUCGUUGGAACUUGGACCGUUCUUACAAAUUCAAACUGCAGUGUAAAAAAGCCGACGACGCUUUACGAGCAUACCCAGCAACGGGGGUACUUCCACGACCCUUUCCACCAAUCACCAACGACUCAAUGGACGCUAGCAACAAGCGAUCCACGGAGCAACGUAGCCAAUCAGAACAAGUAACCAAAAAACCGCGAGUCGACAACGGAGAUCGCGACCGUGAGCGUCGCGAGCGUCAAGAAUCCACCAAAUCCGACCGCGAAGAAAUCUACAAAGAAGAACACAGCGAAGCCGACGAAGAAUCAAUGGACGACAAAUCCUCAAAAUUAGAACCUGGCGAGAUCCGGGUCCACGCUUGCGAUCAAUGCGACCGUACUUUCCCUCUCCGCCAAGCGCUAGUUCUCCACAUCCAGCGAGCUCACCGCGAUCGCACCCACAAGUGCACCGAGUGCGACCGCAUGUUCUUCUCAAAGUACGACUUACAGAAGCACAUGAGCACCCACGCGGAGGAGAAGCCCUAUUCCUGCUCUAUCUGCCAGAAAACGUUCACUCGCGCUAAUCUCCUCGCCCGCCACGAGAAAAUCCACCACGAAGACAUGCGUUACAGCUGCCAGCACUGCGACCGCGAGUUCUUCACCCGUGAGGACCUGGAGAAACACGAGGACACCUCUCACAAGUCAAUCAAGCCCUUCUCUUGUAAUAUUUGCAGCAAGAGAUUCACUUACAAGCAAAGUCUGGAGCGCCACGAGAUGCAGCACUCCGAAGACAAGAGUUUCACUUGCGAGUACUGCAAGGAGGCAUUUAGGACCAGCACCAAGCUCGCCAGACACUUGCAGACCCACGCUGGACAUCGUCCGUACCUUUGCAAGCUCUGCCCUCGCGAUUUCCUACUGUCUCACCAUCUUUCUCGCCACAUGCGGACCCACUCUGUCGAGAAGCGACACAUCUGCGAGGAGUGUGGCAAAGCAUUCAAGCGCAAAGAGAGCCUGGAAGUCCACCAGCUUACCCACAGCAAACGCACCGGGCUCGGUCUCACCUGCGACGUCUGUCAAGAGUCUUGUCGCAACCGCGCUGACUAUGUAACUCAUAUCAAGCAACACAUAGAAGCCGGAGAGAAAAUGGGCCCUGAUGGACUCUCUCCUGAGAUAAAAGAAAAACUGGAGUCUGAAUCCGAGGAAGAAGAGGAAGAAGAACAGUUCUCUGAUGGAGACGAUGACUACGAGCCUCCUGCUUCUUUGCUGAAGAAAUAUCCCAAGCAGGUUCCUAAACAAUCUGAGGAGAGCGAAGAAGAGCCUGACCAACGCGUUGUUAAGGAAGAGCCCAAGGAACAGGUGGUCUUUGUUCGUGCUAAGGACGGCCAGAUUGUCAAGAAGACGAUCAAGACCAUGCUGCCGACUCAGAGGAAGGAGACUCCUGAAGCUAGAGUCGCCGCUAAGAGCCCAGCUCCGAAGGCUCAUCAGAAAAUUGAAAGUCCUCCGAAGGGAAAAGACGAAACUGAAGCUGAGGUCCAGAAGAUUGUCGCUUCUGUGUUCCAGGAACACAAGGUUGCUUUGAAGGCAAGCACUCCUCAGGAACCGGCUAAGGUUCGCUCUCAGGUUAUCAAGGAGGAGAAGAUUGAGGGGACUCCCAAGACUGUUACCCAGGUUACGAAGAGAAUUAUUGUUCGUAAGCCUGCGGAAACUCCUACGCCUGCUCCGGCUACGCCUGUCAAGGAAGAUGUCAAGCCAGCCACUCCGGCUGUUAAGAGCACCAAGAGGGUCAUUGUUAGGAAGAUCAUUCGGAAGGGCAACACUGAGCAUGUUGAAUGGCGCUACCAAGACGGUACUGAGAUUGAUUCAGCUGAUCUUGCUAAAUUGACCACCGGGCAAGUGGUGAAACGCGUUGUCAAGACCAUCACCAAGCCCAAGGUCGCUCAAGCGGUGAAAGUUGCUGAGCAGAGGGCUCCAGUUGAAGCUCCGAAGUUUGAGCUGAAGACUUCGCAAGCCAGUGCGACUAUCACGCCAAUUCCGGCUCCUGAUAAUAAAAAUGAUAAAAUUUCUGAGAAGGUUGAACAGCUGGAGAAGACUGUUGCGCAGCAGCGCUUGCAGAUUGAGGAGCUGAGGAGCAGGAAGGAUUCUUAUGAGCCUGCUGAUGACAUGCUGCCGGAUAGACAUGAUUCUGAAGACGAGCAGGAGCUGCCGCUUAAACGUGUGUUUGUUAAGACUAACCAGAGCAUUUAUGAUGAGGAGAAGACUUAUGACGCGGAUGAAAAGGCCACGAUUAAGAAGGUUGAGAAGAAAGAGAAGGAGAAGAAGGUUUUUAUUAAGACAGAAGAACCGUCGGAGGUUGAGCAGAUGAGUAUUGAAAUUAACUCGAUGAUUGCUGAGGAUAAAAAAGCUGCUGAAGCUGCUGCUGCUGCUGCUGCAGAGGCUACUGUUGAUACUGCUACUGCUGAGUCUGAGGAGGUUGAGCCGGAAAAAGAAGAACCUAUGGAAGUUGAGCAAGCCAAGGAGCCGGAAAAAGAAGCUGAGGUUGAGAAGGAAAAGGAAGAAAAGGUUGAGGAAAAACAAACUGAAGAUGUUGCUGCGGUGUUGGAGCAGCAGGAUGAAGCUGAAACUUCAGACAUUUUUGACGCGCCAUCCUCGCCGCUGGAAAAGAAUAAUUCUAAUUUGGACGAGUCGGUUGUUGCGCUGAGUCAGGGGAAUGAUACGAUUAAUUUGAAUGAUACUAAUGACAGUCAGGACAGCUUGGAGGACAAGCUCUCAAGAAUGGACGGUUGAUUUAUAUAUGGAUUUUAUUUAAAUAUUAUAUAAUAAUUGGUAAUUAAUGUGGAAUAAUUCAAUAAUGUUCUAUGAUUCUAUAAUAAUUUUUUAGGUGAUUAUUAUUUCUAAUCUUCUUGGAAUAUGAUAUAAACAAAUAUAUUAAGCAAAGACAUUUUUGGUCAGUAGAUUUGAAAAUCCAUUUUUCACUCUCUGGUAUAAUUUUAUUUUUUCUAUGGAAUAUUUAAUUUUUUAAUUGGAGCUGCUUGAUUCUUUUGACAUUCAGGAUUUCGAGAGUAUUUUUAAGGCAAUAUAAAUUGGAGGUUUGUUACUGCAAGUACUGAUUUAAGUUUAAUAAUAAAAAUAGAGUCAUUUUGAAUUAAAGCUCAGCAAAAUUGUAUUAUGUGAAAAAUUGUAAAUAUAUCAUAUAUUGUUCCUAGAAUUGUAAUAAGAAUUAUUGAUUUUAUGUAUAUAUAUAUAAAUCGAUCAAAGAUUUAGUGGUACGGAAUGCUUUGAAAAGCUGGAACAAUUUUGAUAUAAAAAUUGGAUAUAAUUACAGCAGUACGAGCAGUAAAAUAAAAUAUAUAUUAUUAUUAAGUAAUAAAAUUGAAUUUUAAUUAUUGUAAACCAACAUUUAAGAUAAAGGUAUCUUAUUAUCUAAUAAAAUGUGUGGUGUGUA